CUGCCGAGUGGAGGGCAGCGGCAGCUGCAGAGCGGAGGGCAGCAGGAGCUGCAGAGCGAAGGGCAGCAGGAGCUGCAGAGCGGAGGGCAGCAGCAGCUGCAGAGCGGAGGGCAGCAGCAGCUGCAGAGCGGAGGGCAGCAGCAGCUGCCGAGCGGAGGGCAGCGGGAGCUGCAGAGCGGAGGGCAGCAGCAGCUGCAGAGCGGAGGGCAGCAAGAGCCGCAGGAGCUGCCGAGCGGAGGGCAGCGGCAGCUGCCGAGUGGAGGGCAGCGGCAGCUGCAGAGCGGAGGGCAGCAGGAGCUGCAGAGCGAAGGGCAGCAGGAGCUGCAGAGCGGAGGGCAGCAGCAGCUGCAGAGCGGAGGGCAGCAGCAGCUGCCGAGCGGAGGGCAGCGGGAGCUGCAGAGCGGAGGGCAGCAGCAGCUGCGGAGCGGAGGGCAGCAAGAGCCGAGCGGAGGGCAGCAGGAGCUGCCGAGCGGAGGGCAGCGGCAGCUGCCGAGUGGAGGGCAGCGGCAGCUGCAGAGCGGAGGGCAGCAGGAGCUGCAGAGCGAAGGGCAGCAGGAGCUGCAGAGCGGAGGGCAGCAGCAGCUGCAGAGCGGAGGGCAGCAGCAGCUGCAGAGCGGAGGGCAGCAGCAGCUGCCGAGCGGAGGGCAGCGGGAGCUGCAGAGCGGAGGGCAGCAGCAGCUGCAGAGCGGAGGGCAGCAAGAGCCGAGCGGAGGGCAGCAGGAGCUGCCGAGCGGAGGGCAGCGGCAGCUGCCGAGUGGAGGGCAGCGGCAGCUGCAGAGCGGAGGGCAGCAGGAGCUGCAGAGCGAAGGGCAGCAGGAGCUGCAGAGCGGAGGGCAGCAGCAGCUGCAGAGCGGAGGGCAGCAGCAGCUGCAGAGCGGAGGGCAGCAGCAGCUGCCGAGCGGAGGGCAGCGGGAGCUGCAGAGCGGAGGGCAGCAGCAGCUGCAGAGCGGAGGGCAGCAAGAGCCGGUUUGGGUGUUGGAUGUGGAGAUGGCGGACGAGGCUUGCACCGAUGAGCUGGAAUCAAGCCCCAUGGAGGGGGAGAAUGCCAACCCUGAUUCCCCGGACCAAGCGGAAAGGCCCCGAGCGCGGGGCCGGGGCCGGAGGCGACGGGCAACCAAACUGCAGCAGCUGCAGAGCGGAGGGCAGCAGCAGCUGCCGAGCGGAGAGCAGCAGCAGCUGCAGAGCGGAGGGCAGCAGCAGUUGCCGAGCGGAGGGCAGCUGCAGCUGCAGAGCGGAGGGCAGCAGCAGCUGCCGAGCGGAGGGCAGCAGCAGCUGCAGAGCGGAGGGCACCAGCUGCCGAGCGGAGGGCAGCAGCAGCUGCAGAUCGGAGGGCAGCAGCAGCUGCAGAGCGGAGGGCAGCAGGAGCUGCAGAGCGGAGGGCAGCAGCAGCUGCAGAGCGGAGGGCAGCAGCAGCUGCAGAGCGGAGGGCAGCAGCAGCUGCCGAGCGGAGGGCAGCGGGAGCUGCAGAGCGGAGGGCAGCAGCAGCUGCAGAGCGGAGGGCAGCAGCAGCUGCAGAGUGGAGGGCAGCAGCAGCUGCAGAGCGGAGGGCAGCAGCAGCUGCAGAGCGGAGGGCAGCAGCAGCUGCAGAGCGGAGGGCAGCAGCAGCUGCAGAGCGGAGGGCAGCAGGAGCUGCAGAGCGGAGGGCAACGGCAAUUGCAGAGCGAAGGGCAGCAGCAGUUGCAGAGCGGAGGGCAGCAGCAGCUGCAGUGCGGAGGGAUGGAGCUUGCAAGGCCGUUAGAGGGGGGCAUGGAGACGGAGUCUAGCAGGAGGGUCUUGCCGGCGUGUUCGAGUGGAGAGGAGCACCCAGACCCUACAUUGACACCCCCGCCCCGCAUUCCGUGCGAAACCUGUUAUCGCACGUUCACGGAGAGAGGAAAGGCCACACGCCAUAUGUCGGCCUGCAGGGCAGCGGACGCCCAGCGUCGUGCUCAGGCGCUUGGGUUGACCCGCGACGUCACAGAUGACUCGGACGGCGAACCCCCGCCACCACGUGAUAUCAGUGAAGAGGUAUGGGCCGCAGUUCCUACAUGGGACUGGGAGUCGUUUUUUGGGAUCGAAUUGGUGCCAGGGAGAAUCAUGCGUCGUAUCCCACAGCGCGCUAGAUUGGGGGUGCUUGAUGCACUGUCUUGUGUCCUGCAGCGGCUACAGUUAAAGGCAGCAGACGAGGCGGCGUCCUUGGUCUUUUUGGCCUUCCCUCGUCUUAUCUUGGGGAUGCCAACUGGGCAAGGCCAGGGGCAUAGGGCGGCAAUCAGGGAGCGGUUGGAGAAGUUUUGGGUCGGGGAGUGGCGGGAGCUGUUUGAGUUGGCGGUGGCGGUAAUGCAACCUGCGGCGCGUCCUUUGUCCUUCACCCCCCCCGAGCAUGAUCCUGAUGCGCAUCGCUCAGCCCUCUCAGCACAUGGUGGACGCGCUGCGAGCGAAACACCCAUCGAGCGAGACCGCCAUUCCGGAGUGGUUGCAGGAGGAGAUAGUUGA